GUGCGCCCCACGGGGCCGAUCCCGGGGGCGCGAGCAGGCGCGAGGAAGGGUGAGCUGCCGGAGGCCGGAAUGGAGCCGGGAGAAAGGAAGAGGCUCUCGUCCGCUUCACUGGAAGGAGACCCGAGAGAAGAGAACAAAUUAAAACGAGGAAUUUCCCAAGACUUGACUUCUUCCCCCAAAUUAGACAGAUACAAAAUAGCAAGACAAUUAACAGAAAAGGCCAUCAAGGAAAAGAAGAUUUUCUCCAUCUACGGACACUACCCAGUGAUACGGGCCACCCUUCGAAGAAAGGGCUGGGUGGAGAAGAAGUUCCACUUUCUGCCCAAGGUCAUCCCAAAUGCAGACGAUGACGGUGCGGGGGUGCCUGAACAUAAAUGUGCUGAAGGCAAAGAAAACCAAGAAGAGGCUUUGGAGAAGACAGAUGACAUCCAUGAUGUGAUGUCCAGGUUGGUAAAAAAUGAAAUGCCGUACUUCCUCUGGACUAUCAAAAGGGACGUCAUUGACUACCACAGCCUGAGCUGUGACCAGAUGCUGAAUCACUACGGGAAGACGGCUUCCUUCACCACCAAGAUCGGGCUGUGUGUGAACAUGAGGAGCCUGCCAUGGUACGUCCAAGCCAACCCUGACUCCUUCUUCCCCCGCUGUUACGGCCUCUGCACUGAGAGUGAGAAGCAGGAAUUCCUGGAUGACUUCCGGCGCACAGUGGCCUCCAGCAUCCUCAAGUGGGUGGUCAGCCACCAGAACUACAGCAGAGGCAAACCCAGCAUCAAGGGGGAGGCCUGCGAGCCGGGCUCUGGCAACAAGAAAGCUUCCGAGAAUGCCGAAUCCAAGCUCACGGGCCUCUCAGGACAGCUCGUGGACACUGCGUGCCAGGUGUGCCGGGCCUACCUGAGGCAGCUGGAGCAUGAGGGCAUCGACGUCUCUGAGGACUCCACCAGGGGCCUCACGGAAGACGAGUGGAAGGACCUGACAGAGCAGUACUACUCCCUCCUUCAUGGUGAGGCGUUCAUCUCCACUUCGAGAAAUCACUUUUCGCAGUGCCAGGCUCUGCUGAAUAAAAUCACGUCUGUGAACCCUCAGACGGAGAUCGACGGGCUUCGGAACAUCUGGAUCAUAAAGCCGGCGGCCAAGUCCCGCGGCCGAGACAUCGUGUGCAUGAACCGAGUGGAGGAGAUCCUGGAGCUGGUCGCUGCAGACCACCUCUCUGCCAAGGACAACAAGUGGGUGGUGCAGAAGUACAUCGAGACCCCACUGCUCAUCUAUGACACCAAGUUCGACAUCAGGCAGUGGUUCCUGGUCACUGACUGGAACCCCCUGACCAUCUGGUUCUAUAAGGAGAGCUACCUGCGGUUUUCCACGCAGCGCUUCUCCCUGGAAAAUCUGGACAGCGCCAUCCACUUAUGCAACAACUCCAUCCAGAAGCACCUGAAGAACGACAAGGACCGCAGCCCCCUGCUGCCCUACUACAACAUGUGGACCAGCACCAGGUUUCGGGAAUACCUGCAGAAGAGGGGCCGCGGGGCCGUGUGGGCCAGCGUCAUCUACCCCGCCAUGAAGCGGGCCAUCGCCAACACCAUGAGGGUGGCCCAGGACCACGUGGAACCGCGCAAGAACAGCUUCGAGCUGUACGGGGCCGACUUCAUCCUGGGGCGCGACUUCCAGCCCUGGCUGAUCGAGAUCAACUCCAGCCCCACCAUGCACGCGUCCACGCCCGUCACGGCCCAGCUGUGCGCCCAGGUGCAGGAGGACACCAUCAAGGUGGUCGUGGACCGCAAGGUCGACCGCAACUGCAACAUCGGCAACUUCGAGCUGCUGUGCAGACAGCCUGCUGUGGACCUGUCACCCUUCCACGGCUCUGACCUUUGCGUGGAAGGCGUUAGCGUGAGGAGAGCCAAGAAGCAGAUGCCGACCAUCUCCAACGUGAAUUUUUCAUCUUCCCUCUUGGACAUUCAGCCCCUAAAAGUGAGGUGCCCCUUGGCCAUGCCAAACCAGCCUCUAGGACCUCCACACUCGGCUCUCCAGCAAGACUCGAAACUAAAAGAUGCAAAGGUACUUCCUUGCACCUUGCCUGUGCCCCUCAGGAGGUCGGCUGAGAGAAGCUGUAAAGUGCAGUCUGCCAACGCCGUGUCUGGCGGGAAGAUAGAGUUCCCCACUUGUAAUUUUCAACACAUAGACAGUAAGGCCCCAAAAACUGGUCUGACCAAAGCCGAGUCCAACAAACACUCGGAUCCAGACAUACUGAAUGAGCACCCACUGCCGUCCGUGCUUCCGAGCGUGAAGACAGUGGAGGGUGCUCUGUUUCAGCCACCCAAACCACCAGAUUCCAAGUGGACAUGACCUUGUGGGGUGGGGCUCUUGAACCUGGUACACUGAGCCGUAGAAGCCCGGCUAACAGGGCUGCCCUCGGACUGCAUCCACCCACUGUUGCCAACACUGGGCGCCGAGAGACAUCUUAACGUUUGCCUUUGGAGACAGUGCCACGGUGCUCACUUGCCUUUUCCGCUUUCCAAUAAAAUGGC